CCAGUUUACUGAUACAUUAUAUUUUUGGCGCACCUCUUCUUGUUGCACCAACUCGUCUAAAGAAUGCAGUCCAUCAGAGAUAUGAAGUCCAACUUUAUUGCUCCACCCUCCUCCUCUAUUCCCGGUGGCCCCGAUGCCUAUCACCAAGGCAACAUCAGGAUGACUCUGGAGGACCCAGAACUCUGGAAGUCUUUCCAUGAAAUUGGAACAGAGAUGAUUAUCACUAAACCGGGCAGGAGAAUGUUUCCACACUGUAAAAUCAACCUUUCUGGGCUGAUGCCUUGUUCCAAGUACAUCUUGCUGGUUGACAUGGUUCCUGUGGAUGGUUUCAGGUAUAAGUGGAAUAAAGAGAAAUGGGAAGUGGCUGGGAAAGCAGAGCCACAGCCCCCUUGCCGGACGUACCUGCACCCUGACUCUCCAGCUCCUGGGAGCCACUGGAUGAAACAGACCGUGUCCUUCCUCAAGCUCAAGCUUACCAACAACACCCUAGACCAACAUGGCCAUAUCAUUUUGCACUCCAUGCAUCGCUACCACCCGCGCUUCCACAUUGUCCAGGCAGACGACAUGUACAGUGUACGCUGGAGUGUAUUCCAGACCUUUACCUUCCCUGAGACCUCCUUCACCUCCGUCACUGCUUACCAGAAUACUAAGAUAACCAAGCUGAAAAUCGACCACAACCCAUUUGCGAAAGGCUUUAGAGACGAAGGAACUAAUACAAAAAGGCGCGCUAACAGAAACCCAGCCUGCCCAGAGAAUAAAGCAAAGAAAAUUGAUUGUCUAAGCAGAGAAUCAGAUGAGGACAGACCUCCUGACUUCCCCAGGUCAUCAUUUGAAGGAUAUGAUGGAGAGCAAGCAGAACUCCCCAAAACCAAAGAGGAGGAAGUGGUGAAAGAGGAACGCUACUCCCCCUGGGGGCCUGAGAGGGAGCAUGGCCACCACGUCCGGACAGAUUCACCCCCUGGACCUGACACCAGAGAAAUGUACAAUGCAGAGCAGCUAGUACCAGCCCCAGCUUCAUACCAGCCGUACAGGUUCCAUGAAUACGGGAAGUCUCCAUCUCCCUCCUCCAGCGUAGGCAGCAGCAACGGGGGUUCUGGACGCGCCAGCUUUGAGUCCAGAGUCUCUGAUGUAGCCACAGUCCCAGAGCAUGAGGCCUCCAAGCCCUCUACCCAUGAGAUCGGACCAUCUCCCUGUGGCACCCAGCCCUCUGCAGGACAUCACCAGGACUACACAGGGGUGCUCAACAUGGCCCAGGCAGGCAAGCCAGGGGUCCUCAGCCACCACAUUUACACCCCUUACAGCACCGAGCAGACCCUGGGCCAGUGGAGCGGCCCCAGCCCCGUCCAGUACCCUCCCCCUCACCACCUGCCCUCUGACUACAGUACCCCGGCUGUGCACCACGGAUAUCACCAUGGCAAUGUGGCUGAGUGGAGCCAGUACCCACUCUUCUCUUACUCGUGCUGGUGAAAGCAUUUCCUCAGUUUCUCCCAAAAGAGAAGGACUGCAGUCUCACAAGUGACUCAGCGAGACCUCAUAAAUGCUACUAUGCCGUCAUACCUGUGUUUCUU